GUUUCAUGCUUUCUUUCAGAUGAUUCUUCAAGCAACUCCCAGAGUCAAGCACUUUGGGAUCCAGAGGAAACCUUUGCCCUUAGAACCUUCUGUACUUCUAAGGGAGGCUAAUCGGCGGAGGGCUUCUCUUUCAGUUGGAAAUAUGUUUGAAAUGUUAGAUGGUCGUCCAGGAUUUACUGAUGGCUCAGGUUUAGAAUCAUCUUUGAGGGCAUCGCCUUCAAAAGGAAAUGUGAGUUCUAUGUCGCGAACCAACUCUUCUCCAGGAAACUUUGAGAGCUCAGUUGAUCGACCUAUGAGACUGUCAGAAAUACAUGUUGCUGAUGAGCAUGCUUUGCACAAAACAAUUUCUGAUCCUGAUUUAUGGAAGUCUUUAUCAUCUGUAGAGGACUUCGAGCAAAAGUAUCUGGACCUAACAAAAGGUGCUGCUGAUAAUUACCACCGUUCUUGGUGGAGAAGACAUGGAGUUGUCCUUGAUGGUGAGAUUGCAGCUGUCUGCUAUAGACAUGGAAAUUAUGACCUAGCUGCAAAGUCAUAUGAGAAGGUUUGUGCUCUUUACGCUGGUGAAGGAUGGCAGGACCUUUUGGCUGAAGUUCUCCCAAAUUUGGCUGAAUGUCAAAAGAUCCUUAAUGAUCAAGCUGGCUAUCUAUCAUCUUGUGUGAGAUUGCUAUCACUUGAUAAAGGUUUAUUCUUGACUAAGGAACGUCAAGGUUUUCAGUCAGAGGUUGUUCAGCUUGCACACAGUGAAAUGAAGGACCCUGUGCCCCUGGAUGUAUCAUCAUUAAUAACAUUCUCUGGAAAUCCUGGCCCACCUCUGGAGUUAUGUGAUGGGGACCCUGGUACAUUAUCAGUAACAGUCUGGAGUGGCUUUCCUGAUGAUAUAAGUCUUGAUUCACUUAAUCUUACUCUGAUGACCACGUCUAGUGUUGAUGAAGGAGUUAAGGCAAUAAGGAGCUCCUCCACUAUAAUACUGAAGCCUGGUAGGAACAACAUUACUCUUGAUCUACCACCACAAAAACCAGGUUCCUAUGUCCUGGGGGUUCUUACUGGGCAAAUUGGGCACUUAAUGUUUAGAUCGCAUAGUUUUUCCAAAGGUGGCCCUGCAGACACUGAUGAUUUUAUGAGCUAUGAGAAGCCUACAAGACCUAUUUUAAAGGUCUUCAAACCGAGAGCUCUAGUUGAUCUUGCUGCAGCUGUUUCAUCUGCUUUGUUAAUGAAUGAACCUCAAUGGGUUGGACUUAUAUUGAAGCCUAUUAACUACUCCCUCAAAGGUGCUGUCUUGCACAUAGAUACUGGUCCAGGACUUAAGAUUGAGGAGUCCCAUGUUAUUGAGAUGGAAAGCUACACUAAGGUUAUGCAGAGUGAUGGUAACACAUCACAUGUUCAUGAUACUGGAGAGGUAUGCUCUUCUGUUGCUGAAGAAUUUAAGCAGUUAACACUAACAGAUGGUAAGAUAGAGUUGCCAGACUGGGCAAGCAAUAUAACUUCUGUAUUGUGGCUUCCAGUCCGCGCCAUUGAUGACAGGCUUGCAAGAGGAUCAUCUUCAGUCUUCCCUCAGACACAGAGUAUUGUGGAUGGCAUGAGGACAAUAGCCCUGAAACUUGAGUUCGGAAUAUCCCACAACCAGACAUUUGAAAGGACAGUUGCUGUACAUUUUACUGAUCCUUUCCAUGUCAGCACUCGUGUUGCAGAUAGUUGCAAAGACGGAACUUUGCUUUUGCAGGUGAUACUACACUCCCAAGUGAAGUCCACAUUGACCAUCUAUGAUGCCUGGUUGGAUCUUCAAGUUGGAUUUGUUCAUAUAGGAGAAGGUAACGGGAGACCGACUUCAAGCUUCUUCCCGCUUGUCAUAUCUUCGUCAUCCAGAGGAGGAAUCCUGUUUGGGAUACGCUUGGGGAAUGUUACUACUGGAGAUGAAGAUGAGUGCUUGCAUCCAGACAGUAUAUUAAACAUUCGAUAUGGAAUCUCUGGCGAUAGAACUGUUGGAGCACAUGCACCAGUGGCUGUGGAAAACUUGGAAUCUGUUGGUGAUAAACAGGAUUUUCUCUUCAGGAGUGCACUUGUUCUACAAAGGCCUGUGCUUGAUCCAUGUCUUGCAGUUGGUUUCCUUCCUCUUCCUUCUGUUGGCCUAAGAGUUGGGCAGUUGAUCAGCAUGAAAUGGAGAGUCGAGAGGCUGAAGGAUUUUGAGGAGAAUGCAGAUUCCAGUGACAAUGCUGAGGUGCUGUAUGAAGUCAAUGCAAAUCCUGAGAACUGGAUGAUUGCUGGGAGGAAGCGAGGACAUGUUUCACUGUCCACAAAGCAAGGUUCAAGGAUCAUUAUCUCAAUCAUUUGUGUGCCACUGGUGGCUGGAUAUGUUCGUCCACCUCAAUUAGGUCUUCCCAAUAUUGAUGAAGCAAAUAUAAGCUGCAACCCUGCUGGGCCUCACCUGGUCUGUGUCUUGCCUGCACCUCUGAGCUCCUCAUUCUGCAUUCCAGCAUGAUUACAGUGCAUCCUUCCUUUAUAGUUCCUGUGUUUGCAGCCAGAUUUCUAUUUUUCACCUUGUAAUUUGAUUUGUUUUUCACUUUUUAGCCCUCUUGGAUCCUUCUGAUCUAUCUGUGUAAAUCCUCCUAACCCCACCCUCCCCCCAAUUUAGAUAAUAUCCAGCAGUGUAAUACAGUGUUAAAUUUUGACUAGUCUUUUUUUUUCCACAAUUGAAUUCAUAUUUUCACCAGAUCAUGAUAAUAUUAAGGUAUUUGAAUUUAAGUUUUCA